GCUGGUCUCUGAGCCUGAAAUCUGUCCUGAAGCGCACCGCCACCACCUGUGUACUGCAUUUGUGAAAGUGGUUCAAGUGAAGUGACACGGGACUAUAAGAUUUCUCUGAUUGCUCUAGUGAUAGAUUAGCAAGAUUUCCACUUCAUUACAAGGAGAAACAGCCUUGAAAACCGCCUAUUUAUCCCGGUCACCGAUGAAAAUAGUGGUGGUGGGAGCGGGAAGUGUUUCGAAACAACACGAGUCACUAAUGGUGGCCAGCGUCAGCAUGCAGGAAGUGGCAGGAGGUCUGUAGACUCCCCCUGCAUUCCCUGGAGUGCCAGCAGUGCCUGUGGCUUUGGAAAGUGAACUGAUACACGUCCGUUGGCGGCGCCGACCAUGUGCGGCAGGUGGCGGGAGAUGUGGCCGCCAUGCACCUCCCCCUGGCCGUGUCUCCCUCCAGCCCCUGCGGGAGGGCUCUGGGGGAGAUGGCCACAGCCCUGGUGUCCAACUUUUCAUCCUCUACCAUGUGGGCCAAGUACAUGGUUGACUCGUGGGGCAAGACUUCGGACGGUUUGUACCUGAGUAACCCGUUCUACGGCUUCUAUGACGAGUGUGUCACCGCCGCCUCACCUCACAACAAAAUCAGGGGCAAAUUCUGCAGGAUUAUCUUACUUGACAUCACAGAGGAUGAGGCGGGCCGGAGUAGAGAAGCAGAGGCACCCACCCCACCGGACACAGACCCAGCCGCUGAGUACCUUGACUUCCUCCGCCAACACGUUGGCAAGCCGAACCUGGCGCUGCUGGGGAGCCUGGCACGGGAGCCUCGGAUGGGUGCACUGCCUGCGGUGAUGCCUUACGGGAAUAUGGUGUACGACACAUGUAUGCCGGAUGUGUGCACCAAGGAGGAGCUGCAGAACAGCCUCCUUGGAGUGUUGCCGCUGCAUGGAGUCUACCCGUCUGUGCUGUCAUGUGGUGUGUACGAUGAACGAGUGGAAUUCACUGAUGCGGAUGUUGGAUUCAUGGCUCUGGUGAGCUUCCUGCUUGGCCUGGUGGUCUGUGCCUCAGUGGUGGACAUCUACCUGCACUACACCGACAGACAACACCUGGCCAAAGGUGUGCUUCGUUACCUGUUGGUGUUCUCUGCCUACACCAACCUGGCCAAGAUACUCCAGGUGAAUCCCAAGACCAGUCCGGGGAACAUCACCUGCUUACAUGCAAUGAGAACACUUUCAAUGUUUUGGGUGAUUUGGUGUCACCAGCAGUUUGUACCUUUUAAUAAUAUGGGUAAUGUCCUGCUGUUUCUAAAGAGCUUCCAGAACAUCCUGUGCCAGACAAUUAUGAACGGCUUUCCCAGUGUGGACACUUUCUUCUUCCUGAGUGGGCUGCUCGUCACCUACAGUUUGUUGAGGCAGGUUAAGAAGACCAACACCUUCAAUCUGCCUCUCUUCUAUGUGCACAGAUACGUAAGGCUGGUGUUCCCCAUCGGUCUGACGGUGGGCCUGUUUGCCACUGUGAUGCGAUUCAUGGUGACUGGUCCCUUGAAGUUCAUGUGGGAUAGUUCAAUCUAUGCCUACUGUAAGGACUUCUGGUGGAGGGACCUGAUCUUCGUGGACAACUUCUACUUUGACAAACCUCUGUGUGUGGGGCAGGCGUGGUACCUGGGGACUGACAUGCAGCUGUACCUGGUGGCUCCACUUAUCAUCCUCCCUCUUUACUUCACCAAAAAGUUUGGCAAGGCGUGGCUGUUCCUGCUGACUGCUGCGUCUGCCAUCGUUCCUGCUGCACUCAUUUACCAAUACGACCUUCCUCCUACGUCUAUUAGUAAUCCUUUAGUCACGCAGGAAAUGACCACUGACUACAUGAUGAAGAUUUAUACUCCACCCUGGACACGUGCUAGCCCGUGGUUGGCUGGUGUGUGGCUUGGCUACAUCUUCUACAAGCAAGACAACACCAGAUACAAGAUGAAUGCUCUGACAGUGUGUGUGGGUUGGACGGUGGCUGCAGUGACGGGGCUGCUGGUGGUGUUCGGCAUGUUCAGCUACAACAGGGUGGUGGUGCCCAUGCCUUACGAGGUGAUGACGCAGGUGGUGUAUGGUGGCGGGCACCGGCUGGCCUGGGCCGCGGCGCUGGCGUGGGUGGUGUUUGCCUGUCACAAUGGCUAUGGAGGUGUGGUGGACGGGUUCCUGUCUCACCCGGUGUGGCAGCCCAUCAGUCGCCUCACCUACACCACCUACCUGCUGGCACUGUCCCUGCAGAGCAUCAUCAUCUACAACACCAGCCAGGGCGGCACAUACUACUUCACACACCUUAACACGCUCAUCUCCACGGUGGGGACGGUGAUGGUGACGCUGCCGCUGGCCCUGCUGAUGUCCCUGCUGGCUGAGUCCCCCGUGGUGGGCCUGGAGCGAAUGCUGCUGAGGCCCAACCACAGCACACCGCGGCCUGCGCCACCCAGUGAAGGGAAGGCUGCCCCACCACCCCCUGCCACUCCCGCCACCCCCGAUGGUGACAUUGCAAAGGCAGACACCACCACCACCACCACCACCACCAAUGGAGUUGGCUUCUAUAACCCUGUCUUCAUUGAGGAGGAGGCGGCCAAGGCAAGCUGAGAUGUGGCUGGGGUUGCAGCCAGUCACUGAAUGAACCCCUCCCCCCACCAAGGAAAAUGUUACUACUAUCAUUACUACUUCUACUACUACUCCUACUACUACAACAACAACUACUACUACUACUACUACUACUACUACUACUACUACUACUACUACUACUACUGCUACUGCUACUACGAAAUCCUUUCUGGUGGCUGGGUGGGGGACUGGCCAGCCAGCCACAGGGAGUCCCCACAGUGGUUGUGAAAUGUUGUUCAUGUUGUUAAGUUGUAACUCAAUCUGUUCUGCUUGCUAAGUGUUACAAUGAGGCUGUACAUAUUGAUGGGAAAACAAUUACUGAGGUCAAGAGAGAGUGCGUCUCAAACUGUCCUGUGGGCUCAGCUGUGAUGCACGUCAUGAAAAAUACUAUUUAUUCUCA